GUGGUGAAAAACAGGCUGCAGUCUAUGCGGCGCGCUCAUCUCCAGUGGAAAUGCGAGGACACGCUCAAACUCUUCGUAUUCGCUUCCGUGAAGCGCUUUAUGUCUUUUAUAUGCUGUUUUAUGUCAGUCAUUUAGCUUGUGCUGCUGCGGAAGUGUGGGACAAAACUGAAGUUUGGAACAAAACUCAACUUCUCGAACUGUACAGUAAAGGUGUUUUCCGGUUGGAGAGCGUGUCGCGGAAGCUUUGCCUCUCAGCGGACUCGUCCGGUCUGUCUCUGACCAGCUGUGAGCCCCCGUCUGCCGCCCUGCUUUGGAAAUGGGUGUCCCGGCACCGUCUCUACAAUCUGGGCACUAAUCGAUGUCUAGGGAUCAACGCGACCAAGUUGCUGCAGCCUGACGUGGGCAUCUUUGAGUGUGAUGUUUCCCUCCCAACCAUGUGGUGGCGCUGUGGGGGCAGCAUGUUGUAUGGAGCGAUGAAUAAUAAGUUAGCGGUGGUGGACUCUAAAGUGGUGGUGAAGAGGGCCGCUCUGCAUCAGUGGAGGAUUUACGGGGCGGCCGGUGAAGGGCCAUGCGGUUACCCAUAUGAAGGCAAGAUCAGAAGACUCUCAGAUAUGGGUGUGAUGGUCUGGAUUGGAUUAAACCAUCUCAGUCAACAUGGGGGAUGGCAGUGGUCUGAUGGAUCUCCUUUGGCUCUCGUCAGUUACACCGCAGAUCUGACCUCCACACCGGUGCAGGAGAACCAGCAGUGUGGGGUGUUUAACUCCACGCAGGGUUCCUGGCAGAGUCUGUCCUGUGAGUCAGCCUUGCCUUACAUCUGCAAAAAAGCCACCAAAUACAGCCGGAAUGCCGAGCCGCUUGAUAACUGGCAGUAUAAGGAGACGAUUUGUCCUGGUGGUUGGUUGGACCAUAAUGGGUUUUGUUACCGGUACCUGGAUGAGAAGUCGAGCUGGGACGGCUCUUCCAGCGCAUGCAAAACUCUUGAAGCAGAGCUGGUCAGCGUCCACUCCCUCUGCCAACAAGAACUACUACUGAAACUGCUGUCCAAUGGAUCCGAAUCUAAGGUGUGGAUUGGCUUGCAUAAGGAGGACAAACUUUCAUCAGUCCAGUGGUCAGACGGCUCUCCAGUCACAUUCACAUCCUGGUACUCUCAGGAGCCUUCCCAUAGCCAUGGCGACAAACGAAUCUGCGUCACCGCAGACUGGAAGGACAGCAGAUGGCAGUUUGAGGACUGUGAAGAGCAGCAUGCUGCAAUCUGUAAGACCUCAGGUCUUGUUCCACAGCAUCCUACUGGAGAAUGGGAUGAAGGAUGUCCAGAGGGCUGGAGAAGGAAGGACACCUGGUGUUAUAAAAUCACAGAUCAGGAGCAGACGUUUGAGGAUGAAAUGAAAGGAUAUUACUGCAAAUCUCCUCUUGUUACUAUAGAAAGCAGGUUUGAGCAGGCCUUUCUAAACAGCCUGAUCAGUGAAAAGGGAGGCUCUGAGUCCCGAUCCUACUGGACAGCUCUGCAGGACCAGAACAGAACCGGCGAGUACCGCUGGCUGACGCAGAACGGCUCAUCGGUACCCCUCAUUUACACCAACUGGAACCGACACCAGCCAGUGAGUGGAGGAGGCUGUGUGCUGAUGUCUGGAGGCCAGGCUCUGGGUCACUGGGAGGUGAAAAAUUGUCACGCUUUUAAGGCCCUGGCUGUGUGCAAACAGGAAGUGAGCAGUAAUCGUGACACCCUGAUGCCUGUGCCACACAUAGACCUGAAUGCACCAUGUCCCACAGGAUGGGAGAGCCGCAAAGACCUGUCUCACUGUUACAAGGUGUAUCACAGUGAGAAGAUCCUGAUGCAUCAGACUGAGGCUCAGUUCUUCUGCUGGGCUUUGGGUGCUGAUCUGGCCAGUUUCCAUCACUAUGAAGAUCAAGCUUUUGUCAAAAAGCUCCUCUCCAUGAUGUUCCAGAGUACAGAGGGUCGCUGGUUUUGGGUAGGCUUUACUAAGAGAAACCCUUGGUCUGACGGAGCCUGGGAGUGGUCCGAUGCCACACCGGUGGUGACAUCGUUCAUGGAGGAUAUGAAUGAAGUGGACUCUCGCAUGUGUGCUGUGUACAGUGACCUCACAAACACUCUCACGCCUCACUCGUGUGACUCCAAAUAUGAAUGGAUUUGCAAGGUCCCUAGAGGUGUGGAGUUGGUCAAGCCGUACUGGUACAGCGACCAACUUGAGCCGUGGAUAUUUUUCAGAGGAGCUGAAUAUUACUUUGCCAGUAAACCGUUUCCCUGGGAGUCCGUCUCCUUCGCCUGUAAGAUGAUGGGCGCUGAUCUGCUCUCCGUUCACUCUAGUGAGGAACUGGACUUCAUCAGAGAACACAUUAAUAAGAAUUCUGAAUUUUGGUGGAUUGGUUUGUCUGCUAACAGCGGUCACAAUGGUCUCAGUUGGACUGAUGGAUCCGCUUUGGAUUAUGAGAACUGGGAAAAUGGUCGAUUCUACCGAAAGCCUGGCCAAACCUGCAUCCAGAUGUCGUCUCAAUCUGGUCAGUGGUCAGCAGGAAGCUGUAAGGAUCGACAUGGUUACGUGUGCAAGCGCAGAACGGUGUCUUUAGUGGAGGACCCACGCGAGCCUCACUAUGUCGGCAGCUGCCCAGAGAACUGGUUCUACUACGGACACAAGUGUCUGUUUCUGCAUCUCCCAGCCCGUCCGGGAGAUGGGAAAACCUGGCUGGAUGCUCGGUCCGUCUGCUCAUCCUAUCAGGGAUCUCUGGUGUCCAUAGAGGACGAAAUUGAACAGGCCUACAUCGUCAUGCUGCUUCAUGGCUGCUCAGCGGGGGUUUGGAUUGGUGCACAGGGUCGUUUUUCCUCCAAGUGGAGCAACGGGAAGCCAGUCAGCUAUAAUAACUGGGAGGUGUCUAAUUAUAGAUCUCCUGGGGAACCUCAUUGUACUUACCUGUCCAACAGUCACAACUUCCGUGUGACAGGGCUAUGGCAAGACGACGUCUGUACUGAGAGCGUCUAUGGCUUUGUCUGCCAGAAGCCGCAAGACAUCACCAAGCGUCCUACACAAUCCUAUUACACCGCUUCCUCUCUGGACUCGUCUGAGUACAAGAACCACAGUUACCGUAUCAUCCGCGGCAACUUGAGCUGGUAUCAGGCCCAGAAGGCAUGUUUGGAGAAGGGGGCAGCUCUUGUGAGCAUCACAGACCCGUUUCAGCAGGCCUAUCUCACUGUGCUGAUCAGCAGGCUUAAAACCCCACACUGGAUCGGCUUGUACAGCACAGAUGAUGCUCUCUCACACCAGUGGUCUGAUGGCAGUGAGCUUUCCUUCACUAACUGGGAAGUGUCUAAUUAUUACCCAGAGGGGCCCAUGGGAGAUGGAGGCUGCGUGUCCAUGGAUGUUAACGGAUGGUGGAAAGACGUUGAAUGUGACAUGCUCUUAUCAGGAGCGAUAUGUUACAAACCUCCUCCAAAAAGCAUUGCUUUCUCCUAUGAAGUGGUAUGCCCUGAGACCUGGGUGAAGUUUCGUGGGAGCUGCUAUUACUUUGAAACAAUUCUAUUGAAGAUGACCCUGGAGGAAGCGAGAAAUCACUGUAAAAAGAAGGGAAAUUUUUCAGAUGUUCUGACAGUUCAAGAUGAUGAGGAGAGUCGAUUCUUCCUUAAAGAGAUGUCGCGUCAUUACCGGGGGCCUCAGAAUUUGUGACUAGGAAUUUUAUAUGACACUGACACUGACGCUUUGACUCGACUGGAUGGCUCACCGCUCCAUUACACAAACUGGCGCUCCAGAGCUCCAGAUGCCAGUGACAUGAGGGCGGAUUCAUGCGUGACUCUGCAGGUUUCAGAUGCCGUGUGGCAGUUAGCCGACUGCACUGAGAGACUGGGCUUCAUCUGCAAAACCUCAACAGGUGCCAUCAAAGAGGUAGAAGUGGAGCCACUGAAAGGUCUGCACCAAGGUGUGAUCUCGGCAGCUGUGUUGGUGGCCAUUGUGCUGUUUGCUGUGGUGAUCGGAUCAACGUGGUUCCUUUACAAGAGAAACUCUCUGUGUGUCCGGAGGCUUCUGACGUUUGGCAGCGCCUAUUACAGACAGACUAGUUCCCAAGCCAGUGACCAAGAUGAAAAUGUUUUACUCCCAGACCUAGAGACACAAGCAGGGGACUAGCAUGUGUUUGUGUGAGUGUAGGUGUAUGUUUGUGUUUUGCAUGAGAAUGUGUUUGUUCAGUCAGGGAAACUG